AUGAGCAAAGAGGACGCGCCAUGCCGACCCGCUUCCUUAAAAUUUACCAUUGACAACAUCCUCAACCUCAAGACGAGCGGCAGAGCCUCUGACAGCUGUCAAUCAAAGCCAGAGCAGGUCGCGCCUCGCAGCAGGGAUGACUACCCCCAGCAACGUCAAGAGCAGAAAGGUCCAAGAUCGCCGGAUGCCGAUAGCAGACUUCACGAAACAGAAAGUGACAGAGCCCCAGAAACGCUUGGCUGUCGAGACGACGCACUAAAGAUCACCGAUUCACGCUGCGAGAGCACAGACAGUUGUGACGACGGAGGCGAACACCACAAAAGCAACGGCAAGAAGACCAAACUGACAACGAAAAAGAAAACGCGCACCAUAUUUUCAAAAAGACAGAUUUUUCAACUGGAGUCUACAUUUGACAUGAAACGAUACCUGAGCAGCGCCGAACGGGCUUGUCUCGCGAACUCGCUUCAGUUAACCGAAACCCAAGUCAAAAUCUGGUUCCAGAAUCGACGGAAUAAAUUAAAAAGACAACUCUCCACUGAACUUGACGGACCCAACGCUGAAUUUGAGGCUGCUAAGACUGUUCCUCUUCCAACGCUAUACAAAGAGAACAAUAUACUUGGAAGAUGCUUGCUUCCGAUGCCUCUACCCAUUGUGUAUCCUGGGAGCAGUGCGCCUUACUUAUGUUUUUCCAAUGCCAGCAAAUACUUCAGCCUUUUCGAAGGGGACGUAUGA